AUGGCGGUCCCGAACGCGCGCGCGGGCCCGUUCGAGUCCGUCGAGGACUCCCCGUUCCUCCGCGCGCAGAUCAACGCGAUGGAGAAAGAGGUGGACGAACUGCGCGAUAAGACGCUCAAGCUCGCGAAGGACUGCGGGAAGUACCGCGACGGACUGGAGGAUGCAUACGCGCGCGAACUCAACUUCAGCGAAUCCCUCAAGGGCUUCUACGGAUCUCUGGAGGACGCGUUCGCGUGCGAGGUCGGCGGCGCCGUCAUCGAGCGGUUCACGACCGCGGUGCAGGAGAUCGCGGACGCGCGCGCGGCGCUGUUGACGCACGUGGAGAGGGACCUCUGCGGGGCGCUGCAUCGCUUGGCGACGACGGAGCUCGACGACGCGAGGGACGCGAGGAAACGAUUCGACAAGGCGCUUAAUAACUACGAGCGCUCCAGGGCGCGGUUCAUGUCGCUGACGCGAGACGCGAAGCCGGAGUCGCUGAAGGCGGCGGAGGAGGACGUGAAGGCGACGCGGCGCGCGUUCGAGACGGAUCGGUUUCAUCUCAUGGCGCAGCUGCACAAGGCGACGUCGAGGAAAAAAGUGGAGUUCAAACGGCGGCUCGCGGGCGCCAUGCACGCGCACCUGCGCUUCUUCGACGUCGGGCACGACACGCUACGCGAGCUCGAGCCGUUCAGCGAGGAGGUGCUGCGGCGCUGCGACGAGGACGAGCGCGAGGCGGCGUCGGAGGCGACGCAGCUCGCGACCGCGAUGGCGGAGUACCACGCGCGGGGCGGGUUCGAACUCCUCGGCGGCGACGACGACGACGACGGCGGCGAGCGCGACGACGACGGCGCUUCCGCGGCGCGCCCGCCGCACUCGCGGCGGACGCACUCGCGGAGCGACAGCCUCGGCGGCAACGUCGCGGUGCUGACGCAGGGGUACCUCCUCAAGCGGAGCGGCAACAUGCGCGCGGAUUGGAAGCGGCGGUUCUUCGUCCUCGACGCGCUCGGGCACCUCACGUACUACAGAGGUGCGAUUUCCUUACACUGGGUCCCUCGGUUUCAAUCCCCGCCCUCGACGCCUUUCAACUCCGCUUCUGACGCCUUUGAACUCCACCCCGACGUUCGUCGCUUUGUAUGGAACGACCCAGACAAGGACGUGCGGCACGGCAGCGCGAAGGAGACCGUGUCGCUUCUCACGGCGACGAUCAAACCGGACCUGGACGACUCGAACAUGCGGUUCUGUUUCCGCGUCGUGUCCAUCAACAAGACGUACGCGUUGCAGGCGGAGAGCGAGGCGGACCGAGCGCGGUGGAUGGAGGCGAUCACCACCGCCAUCGCGGGGCUGCUCAAUUCCACGCGAGCGAUCCAGGUGCGCUUCGGCGCCGGCCGCCACCGCCGCGCGCUCUCCGGCGCGUUCUAUACACUGGUCCCCAUACGACCGCGUUGGCGUGGUGAACGCCGUUCCUUAAGGACUUUUCCCGGCGUGUCUCUCCGCCCACCCCUCGCUUUCAAUCCCCGCCUUCGACGCCUUUCAACUCCACCUGACGCCUUUCCACUCCACCCCGACUUCGCUUUAGAGCUCCGAGCCGCGCCCGGGAACGACCACUGCGCGGACUGCGGCGCGAGGGAUCCGGAUUGGGCGUCGCUCAACCUGGGCGUGUUGCUGUGCAUCACGUGCUCCGGCGCGCACAGGCAGCUCGGCGUGCACGUGUCCAAGGUGCGGUCGUGCACGCUGGACGUGCGCGUGUGGGAGCCGAGCGUGAUGGCGCUGUUCACGCGGCGAGGGAACGACGUCGCGAACGAGACGUGGGAGUGCGGCGGCGGCGGCGGCGGCGGCGGCGGCGAGGGCGAGGGCGAGGGCGAGGGCGAGGGCGAGGCGUCGUCGACGGGGACUACUGGGACGAAGAUGAAAAAACCGACGCCGAGCGAUCCGUUCGAGACGAAAGCCGCGUACGUCCGAGCCAAGUACGUCGACCGCGCGUUCAUGGCGCCGCCGAAAGACGGCGCCGGGUCGUCCAGCGGCCGAUGGAAGGACGAGCUCGCGGUGGCGGUCGUGACGGACGACGUCGGCGCGGGAUUCGUCGCGUUGACGCGCGGCGCGUCCGCCGGCGCCGGCGCGCUGAGAGUCGCGAGCGAGCGCGGGCACGAGGCCAUGGUCGAGCUUCUGCUUCAGCACGGCGCGGACAUCAACUCGGCGAGGGACGACGACGGCGUGACGUGUUUGCACGCGUGCGUCGGUCGCGGGGAUAGGGACGACGUCGCGAAGUUGUUGAUACGGAGAGGCGCGGCGGUGUCGACGAGGGAUAAGAGGGGGCGGACGCCGUUGGACGCGGCGAUGGAGAGAGGGCACAUCCGGGACGAGGAGCUGUUCAUGAUGCUCUCGGACGCGGGCGGCGUGGAUAAUAAAGGGCGGUGACGAUACUGUAGUAUCAUCGCGGGGGUCGGGUGGGGAUUCAGUAUCGAUAGCGACGAACGAUGUUCGAUGAAUUUGUUUCUUCGUAUUGAC